UCACUCCGCGCGUUAGGAUAGUCCUGAGGUAGUAGUACGACAGAAUUUUGCGAUUUCACCUUCAAAGUUGCGAAGGUACACGAUUAAAUUUUGCCGUUAUAUCUCGAUAAGUCGUGUCGUUGCGUAUUAUUCUGUCGUGCCGUCGUGAUACGUGGUGCUUUGGUCGUUUUUUGGGCGUUUGAAAUCGGACACCGCUGUAACGUCCUCGUUUUCCGCGGAGUGAUACAGUGUUGGGGAUGACAAUGUGGAGGAGGCUAAAAUGUCUACUCGGAAGAUGAAACGGUUAGCACUGCAGUGACCAGAAGAAAACUGUAGUCUUAGAACUUGGGUAGAGUUCAUGUUUGAGUAAUUUGUACAUUUGAGUUCAGGUUAGCUUGGAUACAAUACCCAGGAGUGUAGAAACUCAAUUAUUUGGCGGUUUGCUUGGCCUGAAAGACGGGAAGGGGGAUUUUGUCCCCCAACUUUGUUUUCUCUCUCUCCUCUCUCUCUCUCUCUCUCUCUCUCCUGAAAGCACUCCAUUUGGAUGCCGAACACUUGAGCGGACAAAAGGGUUGUAAAGUCGCAGUCUAUGUGUGAGGACUGAGAAAGAAUGAGCGAUACCGGCAUUAGAAUGAGCAUUACAGCAACGGACAAGGAACUCAACGAUCUUCUUGACUUCAGCGCUAUGUUUCCUCUUCCAGGGACAAAUGGGAAAAACAGAUCCAACGCUCAGGCCGGCGGUUUGGAAGAUCGGAGUGGAUCGGUCUCCUGGAGCUCAGCAGAGCAGAACAGUCCAUCCUUCAGUUCACGGGCAUUUGACAAUGUGGGCCACUACAAUGAGCAUGAAAGCAUAUCGCCUUCAUCAAUGUACAGCUCAGGAAUUGGAGGUAAAUCGGACAGAGGACCUUACUCCUUUGGCACACAGUUCCUGCAAGGGGACAUGUCCAUGUCCAGCCCUGAUGGCCUGUCCCCCUCUGGUGGAAAAGCCACGUCGCCGUUCUAUGAAUCUUACCCGGCUAAUCGUAGGAGGCCUCUGGACGGAGUGCUCGAUACCCCGCCGAAGAAGAUCAGGAAAGUACCACCUGGUCUCCCAUCCUCGGUUUAUCCGGCAGCUCCCAGUGACGACUACAACCAGGAUAAUGCAGGUUUCCCGGCUACGAAAACCGGCAGCGUCUACCCUGGCACCUUCUACAUGCAAGACGGUCUGCAGGACCCCUGGGCUCAGUCGGGUUAUUCGUCCAUGCCCCACCUUGGCCAGUCCGCUCCAUUUGCUGCCAUUAACCCUCAGGAUCGCCUGAAGAGACAGCCCUUGCCCCUGUCCCCUCCGUCCUACCCUCACCAUGGCAGCGAGGUGAAUGGUGGCUUCCAGUCUGCAUACACACCCCCCAUCAAUGGAACAGACAGCAUCAUGGGCAAUAGAGGCAAUGCAGCAGGAAGCUCAGGAGAUGAAAUUGGAAAAGCCCUUGCUUCAAUUUACCCUGCAGACAACAACGGGAGCAACUUCUCCUCCGCUCCACCUACUCCGGUGGGCUCUCCUCAGAACAUGGCAGUCUCUGCUUCCCAGUGGCCCAGAGGAUCGACUCAGUCUGCACAAUCGCCCAGCUUUGAGGGAGGACUGCAAGCGCUGCAGAAUAAGAUGGAGGACUGCCUGGGUGAAGCCUUGCAUGUGUUGCGGAACCAUGCGGUCGGUUCAGGGUUGAGUGCAGACAUGCAUUCCCUGCUGAGCGCUGCAGGAGGAGCUGCAGGUCUGAACUCCCUCAGUCAGAGCUUCUCCCUGCCCAGCAGAGUGCCUGGCAUGGUGCCCAACCAUCACGAGGAGUCGGCUGGUCUGACGCCCACCAGUGCCCUGUUACACGUGCAGCACACAACCACGCAAGCCCCCACCAGCUCACAGCCAGAGGGCUUCUCCAGUUUGCCUGGAAGUCUGCCUCGCACCUCCAGCACAGAUAUAAAGAGGGAGGAUAAGGAGGAUGACGAGAACUGCUCUGUUAUAGACAAGUCCGAGGACGAGAAGAAAGACAGCAAAAUGAACCGCACACGGACGAGUCAUGACAAUGAUGAGGACGACGAGGACUUGCCAGCGGAGAUGAAGGCGGAGCGGGAGAAAGAACGGCGCGUGGCCAAUAACGCACGAGAGCGUUUACGUGUGCGUGACAUCAACGAGGCCUUCAAGGAGCUCGGUCGCAUGUGCCAGCUCCAUCUGAACAAUGAGAAACCGCAGACCAAACUGCUGAUCCUGCACCAGGCCGUUAGUGUUAUUCUCAGCCUGGAGCAGCAAGUGCGAGAGCGUAACCUCAACCCAAAGGCGGCAUGUCUGAAGAGGAGAGAGGAGGAAAAGGUGACCGGCGUUGGGGGAGAUCCUCAGAUGCAGCUGGGAGGAGGCCACCCUGGGCUGGGCAGUGAUGGGCACACUCAUAUGUAAUAUUUAUAUUCUGUCCUAAAGAGUACUUUCAGAUGUGGCCUUAUUCUCCUAUUUACCGUCUCAGUGUGUGUGAAUACGCUCCCCAUGACUGUGCAUCAGAAUCGUUUGAUCUUAUGGACACAUACUUGUGCAGACACACACAUACUUUAUUGAAAGCUGACACACUUGGACACAGCACACACACACACAAAUGUACACACAGAUGUUAUGGACCAUUGGAGCACCCAAAAGAACACUGCUGAGAGACGGAGGAACUCUGAGCACAACGAACAAGAAUCUCUGCGCUUUUAAAAAAUAUAUAUAUAUAUAAAUAGACACCUCUUGCUUACAUAUUACGGGAGCAAUGAGAGUAUGGAGGUGUUUGUUUGUUUGUUUUUUUCACCAGGAGUUAAUUCCCUAUCGAAAUAUAGACAACCAUUCCCAAGACUUCAGAACGGUCUUAUCUGUGUAGAUAAGGAGGAAAAAAAAAAAACACACACAUGCUUGUCAAGUCUAACAGUAUGUUGGCUCCACCAUUAGAAAUCGGAUAAUUUGAUGAUCGGAUUGUGCUUUGUACUAGUACAAUGUGCACGCACACACUUCGUGGGCAGUCAAGGGCUCAAAUUAGGGAACAGAAAUCUAACCCUCUGGGCUUUCUUUUGUACCACCAUACAUGAUGGUGAAAACGAAAAAAGAACAACCGCAGUGACGAACACAUCAGCGCUCAAAUUCAGCUCCUCUUCUGCAUUAACGUUGAGUGUCUGAGCUCGUGUACCUGUCUGACUGGAACCCAUUCACCUCUACGUCUGUCUCCACAGCCAUGGAAUCAACACUUCAUGAUUACUUACUGGACUAUCAGUUUGGUUUGAUUUAUUUUUAAGAGGAACAAAGUGUUCUCUUGACUGUUCUGAGCAAUUAACAGCUCGACAUCCUUUCAAGCUCCUCGUUUUUCAGUACUGUGCCGUCAUGUCACGUCUUUGGUCCCGGAUCCUUCUUCCUGCUGUUCUUAAAAAAAAAAAAGUGUAAGGAAACACUUUUGACAUGGACACCAUGUAUGAUUUAUAAAUUGUCCUGAUUUGAAUGGUGGAUGUAGCCUGUUCUUAAAAGUACAGCAAAAUCAUGUUGAUUUCACAGAUCUGCUCGUUUUUGGCCAGUGAUUUAGUGCUAAAAUUAAGUCAGGGGUAUUUGUGCAUUUGCUGACUCAUGAGUGUCAACUGCAUCUGCUGCCAAAUCUGGAUAUCUUUAGAAAUGGAAGAAAAUGGAUCAUUUGAACAAUUUACUUGGGAUAUUUUAUGAUCGUCAUGUAAACUUUUUUUUUUUUUUUUUUUAUAAAAUACAAUUUUUUUUUUUUUGCUUUUUAAUGUUUUUCAAUAUGCGAAAGAACUUUGCGUUCAAGGAUGCCAGGAACAAAAUGUAAUUGUUUCGUAUUUCUUUUGCAAUUUUGUAUUUUAACAGAGCGGCGUAGAGUUGUAACCAGCAUUCUUUCUUUAUUUAAAGAAAAAAAAAAAGACAAGGUUAGGAAUGCCUGUUCUUUUGAGAUAUUGUGUAUUCCCUGUCCUCGUUGCUCCAUUUGUUUAGAGGGUUUGAAUCACUGCAAUGUCACUUCAUUGCCCUCUCGGCGAUCAUAGUAUUGUGGUUGCACCACCAUUCUAAAAUCUUUUUCCAUAAAAGCUGACACCAAGGCUCGUUUCAACAGCUGAAUUUAAUCAGUGUUCUCAUUCAGUCAGUACAAAAUCAUCUCUGAAAACCAGAACCGGAAUUGUGUUGGUCUGCAUAUCGCGAUGCUCUGAAUUUUGACGGAGGAAACGGUGUAAGAGCGAUUUUAGGGUGGCCUUCUUCAUUCUCCGCGGGGUCGUAGCGGGGAAGCGAUACCGUACUAGUGCCUGCACGCUGUUUUCAGUUCAAUCCUGAAAUCAGGUUUUAAUUGCAAUUCCCCAUGUUUUGCUGGCUGUAAUGGAAUGUUUUAUAAAAUUCACAUGAAGACAGGGGUAGGAGGAUUUUUAGUGGAUCUUAAAUGAACUUUUGCUCUGCCGAGCACAUAAAGUACUUUCUUUGUAAAUGUGAUCCCUGUUUAGUUUGUAUGUGCUCAGUGACCUCUGUCCUGAUUUUGAUUUAUAAAGCUUUUGUAUGUUUUUUUGUUUGUUUGUUUGUUUUUUGUUUUGCUCAGUAUAUGUAUUUAUCUCAGAUACGUUAGAAACAUUGACCAUGGUGACGUGCUUAUUCUUGAUACGAACGUGUGGAACAGACACGAAACUGGCUAUUUUGUAUUAUUUACAAAAUGCACAAAUGACAGCUUUACUUGUGGCUUUUUUUUUUUUAAACAGAAUGUUCUUUACUUUUUCAGCCCACCUUGAAACCACGUUUUGGUUUGGAGAGUAACUUUAGUGCUCCUCUCUCUUAAAUUGACUUGCUGCCUCAAAUUGAGGCGGUUUUUUGUCAGGCUGCACUGAAGCAAACUGAAAUCUUAAAACGUCCAUUCCUCAAAUUCUGAUUGAUUUUAUGGUUGAUGUAUCAGCAUCUUUGAGUGCUAAAGUCAGCAUUUUUUUUUUUUUUUUUUUAAAGAUAAACCUGGCUCUGAGUGGGAGUUCCUUUUUCAAUAUUAAGUGCUCACUUUAUGAUUUGGUUUUUGUUUAGCUGAGACGUGUCUCUCAGUCUCUUGGCAUAUUCAUCUGCAGAAUCUGUUGACCCACACCAUUGGGGAGGUUUACUCAAGUCCCCAAAGUGCCUCCACUUUCCUAUUUUUUAUAUAAAGUAGCUAUUCAGAACUGUUAUGUAUAUAAAGUAGCAAUAAAUGUGCCAUUUUUAAUAACAGAA